AUGUUCCCAGAAGGAACUACAAGAAGUGAGCCUGCAGACCCCUGGAGGAGUCAGGCCACUUCUCAAUCAUCGGAACCAGAAGCUGCUGCCCCUGGCCCAGAACAACCCACAAGCAGCACAUCAAAAGCGUCAGGUGUAGUCAGAAACCCGUCGCCUUCAGUCCUACCAGAAUAUGCCACUCCCUCAACAUGGGAAUGGGAUGGCAUACCCUAUGCCACUAUUGAAGAAGCAGCCAAUGUGGCUGCACCAGCCACAGUCCCAACAGACGUCAAGGACUGGGUGAUGAAUGUGGUCUGCUCCAUAGAGGACGAGAUACUGGCCCACAUCCACAUCGAAAUAAUGGCAGUAGAAAUCCGAGACCAGUUAAAAAUUGCAAAAGCACAAAUCGGCACCCUCUCCGCCGAUGUCGAAAGACUCGCUAAAAGCAAUACCACUUUGACCGCCGAAGCCCAAGCAAUCCACAAGGACUUCGAAGAUUACAAGAAUGAAGUAAAGGGCCAGACGGACGCUCUUUACGCAAGCAUGGUCGCCCUAAAGGAGGCUCAGGAAAAGACCACUACCUACAUUGUUGGCUUAGAGUCCCGACUCAACAACGCCAUCAUCAAUGCGCCUCCACAAGGUAUCCAACCAUUGGCCGGCCAAUUCACCCAAUCACCCUGCAGAAUUAAGCUUCCAGAUCCCCCUAAGUAUUCGGGAAGGAAAUCGUCAGAGAACUUUGAAACAUGGUUCAUGAAUCUCCAAAUUUGA